UCUUUUUCCUUUACUCAGGAGGGGCUGGGGCUCUCACUCUCUUCCUCUCGUAUAGCACUGAUACUAGCCGCUGCAGCCAUAGGUUCAACGAUUCUGUAACCUAUUCAUCUUUUCCCUUCGGCGAGUUGAAAUUCCGCCACCGUAGGAUAAGUCCGUCGCCGAUUAAACCCUGCGAAGACACACGAGCCCGUCUGACAGAUAACCUAACCGAAGGAAUUUCAGAAAAGGGUUCUGGGACUGUUCUUUUAUUUGAUUGAGGCGAUAAAACUUGGGAAAUGGCGUUGGGACUAAUAUUGGGACUCGGAAGAGCAAUGCGGAGGAAGCGUACAUCUUCUCUAGACAUUCUUUCAUCUAAACGAGCUCCACGAGAUUACUAUAAGGGCAAGAAUUGCAAGCCUACUGGUUUUCAUACGCGCAAAGGUGGUUAUGUAGUGGUGCCAGAGAAACUGCCGAACUAUGUCGUCCCUGAUUUGACUGAUUUCAAGCUGAAGCCUUAUGUAUCUCAAUGCCCCAUAGAAGUUAAGACAAGUGACAACAACGAAUCAGCUAAAUCAUAAGCGAUGAGGAGGUAAAUAUGAGUACGAUGAUGUCGGUGACGAUGUGGAGAGGACUUGAAGCAAAAGACCAUUAAUUGCUUUUGCUGGAUUAUUUUACUACUUGUUAGCAACUUCAAGGUCCGUUUGUUGAGAAACUUGUUUUUCAAAGAACAAACAAUCGACGACAAAACAAAUCUUGUUUCACUAUAAUAUGAAUUCAUAUUUGGUUCCCAUUUUAAUUUUAAAACUUUAGAGUUCAAUUCGAUAUUUGAAUUCAAAA